UCUCUGGUCCCGUCUCGGCUUCCGCCCCGUUCGGACUCAGUCCAUCUCACCUGCCGCCUCUCAAAGCUGCGGGGGGGAGAGACGCGCGUCAGGGUCGGGCUGCUGCUCCGAAUACCCGGCUUUUUCCCCCCCCCCCUCCUCCUCCCAGUCUUCCUACUACUACUCCACGCCACUCGUCUUGUCCCACAUUGUCAGUGAACUGUUUCCACACUGCGUGAAGAGAGCGAGGACAGGAACCGGUCGCUGAAUUAGAAAACAAAAGGUGGCAAGAAGAUUUAAAGAAGAAAGGAGGGAAGGCAGAGAAGAAGAAGGAGGAGGAGGAGGAAAGAGGUCGCUGUGGUUCUUCUCCUUUCAGCAGUUGCUGAAUCUCCCACCGAGAAGAUGCCGAGGAUAGUGUGCAUGUUGGCAGUUCUGGCUGCGGGGCUGAGCGCCGCUCACACCAAAGUGAACAAACACAAGCCCUGGAUAGAGACAUCAUACCAUGGAGUGAUAACUGAAAACACUGAUGUUGUUCUGUUGGACCCUCCACUGGUUGCCCUGGAUAAAGACGCCCCCAUCCCUUAUGCAGGGGAGAUCUGUGCGUUCAACAUCCAUGGGCUGGAGGCUCCGUUUGAGGCAGUGGUGCUGAACGGAACGUCUGGCGAGGGUCAGCUGAGGGCACGUGGCCUGGUGGACUGCGAGUUGCAAAAGGAGUACACCUUCAUCAUCCAAGCUCAUGACUGCGGUUCAGGCCCAGGGGGUAUGGAGGGCAAGAAGUCUCACAAGGCAGUGGUACACAUCCAGGUCAAUGAUGUGAAUGAGUUUGCUCCUGUGUUUCGAGAGCCACAGUACAGAGCUGCUGUGACAGAAGGAAAGAUUUAUGACAGUAUCCUGCAAGUGGAGGCCACAGAUCAGGACUGUUCGCCACAGUACAGUCAGAUCUGCAACUACCAGAUCACCACCACUAACACGCCUUUUGCUAUAGAUCGAAAUGGAAACAUCCGAAACACAGAGAAGCUGAGUUUUGACCGACAGCAACACUACGAGAUCCAGGUGACGGCUUGGGAUUGUGGCCAGAAGAGAGCUUUGCAAAGUGUCCUGGUGCACAUUGACAUCAAGCCGGUCUGCAAACCUGGCUGGCAAGGCUGGAAUAAACGAGUGGACUAUGAGCCAGGAACAGGCAGUAAGCAGCUGUUUCCCAAGAUGCACCUUGAGACCUGUGGUGAGCCGCUGUCUUCGUUGAGGGUCACAGUGGAGCUGCAGACCAGCCACAUCGGGAAGGGCUGUGACCGUGAGACCUACUCAGAGAAAUCGCUACAGAAACUUUGUGGCGCCUCAUCGGGUAGCACUGACCUCCUCCCGGCUCCCAGCGCCGCCACCAACUGGACAGCCUCCCUUGUGUCUGACAAUGGACGGGACAGCGACCUGAUCUUCAGGUUUGACGGGCGUCAGGCAGCCAAAAUCCCCGACUGGGUGGUUCCCCAGAAUCUUACUGACCAGUUCACAAUCGCAACUUGGAUGAAGCACGGACCGAGCCCCGGGCUCAGAGCUGAGAAGGAGACACUGCUCUGUAACUCUGACAAAACCGAGAUGAAUCGUCAUCACUACUCACUGUAUGUCCAUAAUUGCCGGCUGGUAUUCCUGCUGAGGAGGGACUUUACGCAGGUGGACACCUUCAGGCCAGCAGAGUUCCACUGGAAACUGGAGCAGAUAUGUGACAAGGAGUGGCAUUACUACGUCAUCAACGUGGAGUUCCCAGUGGUGGCGCUAUACGUGGAUGGAGUCACUUACGAUCCCUACCUGGUGACGGAUGACUGGCCCAUCCAUCCAUCGCAGAUUGAUGUGCAGCUCACAGUUGGUGCCUGCUGGCAAGGUGGAGAAGUUACCAAGCCCCGGUUCACUCAGUACUUCCGGGGAAGCUUAUCGGGACUGACCAUCCGACCAGGGAAGAUCGAGAGUCAGAAAGUCAUUUCCUGUCUGCAGGCCUGCAAAGAGGGACUGGACAUUAACUCCCUUGAGAGCUUGGAUAAGAGUAUAAAGUUCCACUUCAACCCAGCUCAGUCCAUUUUGGUGAUGGAGGGAGAGAAUCUGGAGAACAUUAACACAGCGGUGAGGAAAGUUUCCUACAUAAACUCCCGCCAGUUUCCCACCCCGGGCAUCCGUCGCCUGCAGAUCUCCACCACCGUCCAGUGUUUUGGUGAAGACACAUGUAUCACGAUCCCCAGCAUCGAGGCAGUGGUGAUGGUGCUGCAGCCCAGUGAGCCCAGGAUCACCAUCAGUGGGGUGGAGAGACUCAGCCAGUCGGCCUCUGACUUCAGAGCAGCGGGAGGCAUCUCUCUAUUUCAGGACCUCCACAUUAUCAGCACAGUCACCAGGGCAGACACCGCCCCCCGUCACACAGCUCAUCAACCUGGCAUCCUGGAGGAGAUCAUUCAUAACUUGGACUACUGUGACAUCCUUGUGUUGGGGGAGGAGCUAAACCCAAAACAAGAAUCUCUCCAGCUGCAGCUGAGCUCGCUUCUGGGAAAACACCUCGAUGCAACUAACUCCACGUCCGGCAUGUCCAUAUAUGGUGUGGACUCCAUGACAAACUAUGAGCAUGUGAUCAGACAGGUGCAUUACUACCACCUGCAGCCCGGACAGCUGACAGAAAGGAGGUUUCGCCUGACCUGCUCAGAGCUCAAUGGCCGCUACACCAGCAACGAGUUUACCCUUGAGGUGAGCGUCUGGCACAGCUCAGAAACAGAGGAACACAUCAGUCACAUGGCGGCCCCUCCUCAGUACAUGCAGGUGGUCCACCACCCAUCCAUGAUCAGCGACCUUUACCCCAACCAUGCUUCAGGUGUUCCCAGCGCUGCCACAGUGGUGAUCGUCAUGUGCAUCGCCGCCCUGGUGGUGGUGGUGGUGCUGGGCAUAUACCACAUCCACAUGACCCACCAGCAGGAGGUGAAGCAGGGGGAAACGGCUAGGGAGGCGGACACAAACUGGGACGACUCUGCUCUGACGAUUACAGUCAACCCCAUGGAGAAUUUGAAGAACCACACAGCAGGGGAGGAAGAGGCCAGUGAGGAGGAAGAGGAAGAAGAGGAGGAGGAAGAUGAUGAGGAUGAGGAGGACGAAGAGGUCACCAGCGAUGAAUCAGAUGACAGUGAGGAGGAAGUGGAUGUCCAGCUACCCAGGAUGCAACGCUCAAGUGAGAAGCCCCAAAGAUGGGACAAACCAACAAUAUGCUAUUGAAAACACACAUUCACACACACAUUCUCUCACUCCCACACACACACAGACGCACACGCAUUCUGUAACACAUCCUCGAUGAAAUCCCACAUCAGAUGGCUGUAAACAACAACAAAAAGGGACUUCACGUGCUUGAAAAAUAAAGUAUUGUUGCCCCCUAGUGGAAGAUUGUAUGAAAACACCAACAAAUGCAGAUCAGAGAAACAAUGGGGCGCUAGAACUGCUUCUCAAACAACAAAGCUCCACAAAUCUGGGUCAUUCUCGGAGAGAUGAUAGCUCCCCCUCAUUUCUACUGUCUUCUGUGAGAACAAGUUGUAAGAAACCCAUUUUUUUGUCGACUCGGUCCCAUCUAUCCAGUUUGAUGUGUAAAAUUCCACAGUAAGAUUUCUGAUGUCCCCACAUUAAAAAUGCAAAACAGCCUUUAUUUAAGAAAAAAAUGAGUUGCAAAAGUAAAGAAAAUGACACUAUAUUUUGGUUUGUAUACUUAUUAUUUAUCUGUCUUUAUUCUAGCCAAUAUGGCAAAGCCAGGUGAUUUUACAGAAAAAACAUAUUUUCAAUGGUAUUUUAAAAAAACAAAGAAAAAAAAAAGAUCAAUGUGCUGUUUCAGAUGUCAUGUCGAAUUAGCAGCCAGCUCUACGUUCUGGAUUUUUGAGAAUAGAAGAGGAGUCUCCUUGUACAUUUUUAUACGCUCUCUUCUUGUAAAUAUCAAGUAUAGUAAGUGACACCCCUCCUCAUCCUUCUCCUUUACCACCGUCCUGAAAUGUUCAACAACCCUCCUAUCUUCACCUGUACACAGCACACGUCACCUGUUCAUAUGUACGGACGCACUCUGAUCCCUUAGCCUGCAAGAAUACAACCCAAAGGCUGCUUUUUUUCCCCCAAUCAAACUGGUUCCAAGACUAACUGGGAUCCACAGCAGAAUUUCUUCAUGUUUGAAAUGGUGAAGCAUCUCAAAACCUCUUUACUGGCCCAAGAUGAAGAGACCUCAGAGAAACAAGUGAAUUAAAGUGAUCAUUUUGUCUGAAAGUUUUUUCUCACGUCUCCUUAAUUCAAGAUAAAAAGCAACAAAACACCAAGCGUCACCAUGUUUAAGAAAUCAGAUUCACACUAGAAUGACACAAUAUUAUCUAUCCUCUUCAUGCUGUCUUAGUAUCUGUCUUAGUAAGUAAUGUGUGUCAAGGCUUUGCAAUAAGUAUCGCAAAUUUAAAUCCCAUUUCACUCAGUGCCAUUUACAUGUUGAUAUAAAUAAAUUGUCACCAACUGGUCUUUACAAAUCCUGCUUUAUGCAGAAUGCUAAGGCAAUUUAUACUUUUUAUGGUUUAGCUCAAGGACAAGGCCAUUGCAGCUGACAUUGAUGUUAAUUCAAAUGUAAGUGCGACUGCCUAUGUAGGUUCUGCAGUUUUGUUGUACUAGUCAAGAAUUUUCAAGAUGUCGUUUUACAAAAUGUUCUCUCAAAAAUACAUAUUAUGGCUGCCAUUAAAAUGUAAUCUUACAGCUGUGAGUCUUCUUGAAUUAUAUUAGGCGACAUCCCAAACUAUAGGAUUUGAAAUUGACGGUUGAAGCUGUCUUUAGACUCACAAUAGAGACAGAGGUUGAAAGGUCAGAGGUUAAAGAAAUGAUCAACUUAAGCCUUGCUGAUAUCUGCUGAAGUUGUCUCUAUUUUCCAUUUCAAAAAAGAUUCCACUGAGGUACAAAUGACAUCCAGUAGUCGGCAGCUCCGGUUUUUACAUCCCCCCAAAAAUUGGGUUUGAUUCCUAAAACUGAUUAAAUACAAGACAUCAAAAGAAGGGAAACAACCAGCAGUUGUUGUUGUUGAUAAAGUUUGAAGAAAAAACUUGGAAAUGUCAGCUGAACAUAGAGUUGCCCUUUUAAUAGCUUCUUACUGAUUAUUUUGCUGCCCGUUACGUUUAUCUAACACCUCACCGAUUCUUAAAAUAGCUAACUCUGAGUCUUCUUUCCAUUAACUUCCAUUUGAGAUCAGCAUGAUCAAGGAAUAAUUAUGUGAUCCAGUAACUGAUUAUAAAGGAUAUAACAUUUUGAGUAGAAUUGUUUGGUUUUAAAACAACUUUACUUGUAUGUUUUAAGCUGCUGUUGACAUUUAAGUCAGUCUUGUGAAAAAACUUUACGACCUUGAAUUGUUUUGUUAGUUUUGACUCUUGUUUAUGAACCGAAGAUCUGCAGCUGUAGUAUGACACCUUGUGGCCAUACAAAUAAUUGUCCAAUUGAAGAAUCCUAUUUCACUACACAUUUCCUCACCAAUUGACAAACUUAAAUACAAACGUAUAACACAUGAAAUUAAGUUGUAGCUGCAAUAAGAUGACACCAGAGAGAGAAAUUCUAAACUUGUCAAGUAACUGUUCUAUGUCUUACACGUUUAUCAAAUCAACUGCAUAUUAUCCAAAGUAAUUAAAAGUCAAUUUGGUCAUUUAAACACAUGGUUGCCAUUUUAUUGUGUGCUAUUUUUAUAAAUAUUUGCAGUAGGUCUAUAAAUAUGCUUCAGGAGAACAUAAUCCGAGUGCUUUUGCCGCCAUUUAAAUCUAAAAAAUUGAGAAAUAGUCCGGUGCAGCUGUGGAAGAAGUGAGAACAAAAUGAAUACAUGACUCACUUUUCACUUGCUUAAAGGUCUCAGAUAGAAGUUUUUUCAUAUCAAAGUGAAAGGACAUUAAUCUAUGACUGUGGCCAUCCUGAUUUAGUCUGGUUGUACCGUUUGAUAGCAGAGAAACCAGUUUGAGGACAAAUCAAAGUUUUUUUUUUUUGCUGGAAAGCGGCCUCUGGUGAGCCUCCAGUUCUUCUCUUGAGGGCAAAUCUACUCUAUGUGUGUACCGUAAGCUCUAUUGUAUCUCCAUGUAAAGCUCUCAUAUGUUGUUUAGGAAUUUUCCUCAUCUGCCUUGAAACCUGGUCUUGUGAUAUCACCUUCCCUCCCGCACCCCCAAUUUAAAACUUUGGUGGAUUUUGCAUCGGCCCGAUCCCCAGUGUUGUCCUGACGUUUGUUUUAGAAGAGGACAUUGGAAUUAACAUUGAAACCUUGUAUAACGUGUACAUUUUAUUUAUUAUUUUUUUGGUUUUGGUUUUUGGACUCUUUGUUCUGUUUUACUUUGGAAUGGUCACUACAGCACUUUCUGUAAAUUGGCCAAUAAAAACUUCUUUUUGAA